GCUUUAUCUGCGUCGGUGCGACGCACGCGAUCAAUUGACCUCGAGGCAGAAGCUUCCCCGUCCCGACUCCGACCCCGACUCCUCUUCCCUUUCCCAUCUCGAGAUCCUCGGCGGAGCCCGAGGCGCCGACCACCCCAAUCUCCGCCCCUUCUUGCCCUUCUCCCUCUUCGGCAGUGGGUCCCGAUGGUCUGAUCUCCCUUCUCUCCCCGAUCGCGGCUGGGUAGAAUUGGGGGCGCAUCAAGAUGGGCUGCGCUGGAUCCACUCCCGCCAAAGGAGACGAGAAUACUAAAAAACUUCAAAAACCAAAGCCCUGGAAGCAUACACAGCAAAUGACUCGCGCACAGCUCAAGCAGAUGCGCGAUGAAUUCUGGGAUACAGCCCCUCACUAUGGCGGCCAAAAAGAAAUAUGGGAUGCACUCCGAGCUGCAGCAGAAGCUGAUUUAGACCUUGCUCAAGCUAUCGUCGACAGUGCAGGCAUAAUUAUUCCAAAUGCUGACAUGACUCUUUGUUAUGAUGAAAGAGGUGCCAAAUAUGAACUACCAAAGUAUGUUUUAAGUGAGCCUACCAACUUGAUUCGAGACAGCUGAUCAAAAAGGGUGAAGUGCUCAAGCAUCAAUGUAGAUCUUGUAAAUUACUCGACUUCCAACAUCUGUUGGGCACAGUUUGUGCUUUUGUGAAGAAAAAGAUUUCUUCAUUAGUUUACUUGUCAAGCUUCCUUUCAAGCAAACUUGACCGUCGAGUGAUCAAUAGUGCGCCCCUCAUCUGAUACUUAUUCACCAGAAGUCAGUGUCAUGGAGUCGUACAACAUCGUUAUCAGGAAAUAGCUAAACCAAACUACAUCAUUCAAGUGAUCAAGCAAAAUGAGAUGUGUACUUAAGUCUCCUACUUGUUUUAGUGCGUCUAUAUAUGCCUGUGGUAUUCAAACAGCAUCCCAACUAAACUAAUGGAAAUGUGACUUCUA